GGGCUAGGCUGGGGCCCCGGGAGGAGACGGUAGGAGCAGGAUGUGAGCUCACAGCCUGGAUUGGUGAAGGGCAGGCAGCUGCAGGCCCGGGGCGGCACGGAGUCUGCUUGCUGAGAGGAGAGGCGCCCCGGUGGACGCACUGAGAGUAUGAGGCCCUGGCCUCUACAGGCCACUCAUUUGUGACCACUUCCACCACGGCAGAGCCUUCCAAGCCUACCUCCUGCCGUGUGGUGAUCUACCUGCAGCGGGAGAUGUCGGGUGACACCUGUCUGUGUCCAACGUCAGGGGCCAAGCCCAAGCUAAGCAGCUUCAAGGGAGGAGGACUGGGCAACAAGUAUGUGCAGCUCAACGUGGGCGGCUCCCUGCACUACACCACCGUGCGGGCCCUCACCCGGCACGACACCAUGCUCAAGGCCAUGUUCAGCGGGCGCAUGGAGGUGCUGACUGACAAAGAAGGCUGGAUCCUCAUAGACCGAUGUGGAAAACACUUUGGCACCAUUUUGAAUUACCUCCGAGAUGACACCAUCACUCUCCCUCAAAACCGGCAAGAAAUCCAGGAAUUGAUGGCUGAAGCAAAAUAUUACCUCAUUCAGGGGCUAGUGAACAUGUGCCAGACUGCCCUGCAGGACAAGAAGGAUUCCUACCAGCCCGUGUGCAACAUCCCCAUCAUCACCUCCCUGAGGGAGGAGGACAGGCUCAUUGAAUCCUCCACCAAGCCUGUGGUAAAGCUGCUGUACAACAGGAGCAACAACAAGUAUUCCUACACCAGCAACUCGGAUGAUCACCUACUGAAAAACAUUGAGCUGUUUGACAAGCUGUCCCUGCGCUUCAACGGCCGCGUGCUCUUCAUCAAGGACGUUAUCGGCGACGAGAUCUGCUGCUGGUCCUUCUAUGGCCAGGGUCGUAAGCUGGCAGAGGUGUGCUGCACCUCCAUCGUCUAUGCCACUGAGAAGAAGCAGACCAAGGUGGAAUUCCCAGAAGCCCGCAUCUACGAGGAGACACUGAACGUCCUACUAUAUGAGACCCCUCGAGUCCCUGACAACUCCUUAUUGGAGGCUACAAGCCGGAGCCGCAGCCAGGCUUCUCCCAGCGAGGACGAGGAGACCUUUGAACUGAGGGACCGUGUGCGUCGCAUCCACGUCAAGCGCUAUAGCACCUAUGAUGACCGGCAGCUUGGCCACCAGUCUGCCCAUCGCGAGUGACAAGACCCUUUAGGGAGUCGGGACACUGGAAGCCCGGUCUGCCAUCCUGUGGAACCACACCCCAUCAGCCAACAUAUGCUACUGCUAGCUGGACGCCUGCUCUGCGUGUAGGUGACAGGCCUUACCUGGGAGGUGCUUCACAGGAGAAGGGCCAUGUUCCCCUCCUCCAGCACUUCCAGAUGCAUCUCCCGUCUCAGAGGGCAGGAAGCUGCUUCUGUUCUGGAUCUAGUGAACGGACUUCCUGCCUCCUCAGAACAUCCCCCUGGGCCCCUUGCUUUGGGCCCCUUUCCUCUGCCGAGAGGCUCCUUCAGCAACUCCUCAGCCGAGGCCCGUAAGGAAUGGCUUCCUUCUGGGGGAAGGUGGCUCUGGUGCUGUGUAGGCCCGGUCUUUAACAAAAGGUAGGGCUCCUUUUUUUCCUAAGGUGUUUAAGCACAAAUUAGAUUUUGAUUUUGAUUUUUAAUCUAGAUGUUGGCAUGGUGGCACAUGCCAGUAAUCCCACCUACUUGGGAGGCUGAGGCAGGAUUACAAAUGGAAGGCCAGCCUGGGCAA